CGUUUAGUUUGCUCCCGUUCUUCAAAUGGCCAACAACGCCCGCAUCGAGCACACGUCUUCGGAGGGGCAUGAGGGGGAUGCCACCUGUGUGGCGUACUUCAAUGGCCAGCUGUUUUCCGGCGGCGCAGAUGGUAUAAUCCGAAUUUGGUCGCCGGAACUGCAGCUGCUGGCAACCGUAAAUGCCCACGAGGCUUACAUCUACUGUAUGGCUAUCAACCAGCACGGAAAGGUCUAUUCGAGCAGCUGCGACGGCCAGGUGCGAUUUAUGCUGCCGCCUUACAGAGACGCUGGGGUGCAGGAGCUCUUCCGGUGCGACGACGCCAUCCAGGCUAUGUACUGCGAUGGCUCCGUUCUAUACACUGGUGAUGACAAAGGUGUGGUGACCACCUGGAGCAACGAUCGUAUGCUCUUUAAGUACAAUCUUGUAGAGGAGGUCAAGUCCUUGGCCGGAGAGCAGAAGCUCAUCUACACUGUGCGCGACCUGGAUGUAGUGGUGUCUUCAGUUAGCAUAGGUAAGUCUGGAAAGUACACCAACAAGGCUGUGAUCCCAGGCAAGUCGCCCCUUCUACUGCUCGGCCCGCUUGUCGAUGGGUAUCGGAGCUUCCUAGCCUUCCCUGAUCGGUCGGGAAUGGGCCUUCAGCUGGUCAAUAAUCUGCCACAGAAACAAUAUGCACACAUAUGGGAAAUGAAGGAUUGCCACGAGUGGAUUGUCACCUCUAUUUGCGGGAACGAGGCAUUCUUGUACUCCGGUGGCUACGAUAAAAAGGUCAAGGGCUGGACCGAUCUUGGAUCGACAAAACCAAAAUCUCUGGGCGAGGUUAAUGUCGACAGUAUCGUGAAUGGGAUAUGUUGUGGUGAUAACAACAUGGUGUAUAUUGCCACCAGCGACGGAUUAAUACGUGCUGCAAAAUUUGUUUAGUCUCUGUUUAAGUU